GGCUUGGCUUUGCCGGCGGCGGAGAUGGCGGGCGGCGAGCUGCAGAUGAGCCCUCAGAUGGAGCAGAUCCAUGGCGAAAUCAAGGACAACUUCCGGGCCCUCGCAAAUGGCUUCCAGAAGAUCGAUAAGAUCAAAGAUUCCAACCGACAAAGUAAACAAUUGGAGGAACUCACUGGGAAGAUGAGGGAGUGUAAGAGAUUAAUCAAAGAGUUUGAUCGAGAAAUUAAGGAUGAAGAGGGCAGAAAUCCACCAGAAGUAAAUAGGCAACUCAAUGAUGAGAAGCAAUCUAUGAUCAAAGAGCUAAACACAUAUGUAGCAAUGAGAAAAACGUAUAUGAGUACUCUUGGUAAUAAGAAACUUGAACUUUUUGAUAUGGGAGCUGGAGUAAGUGAACCAACUGAAGAUGAAAAUUUCCAAGUGGCAUCAGCCAUGUCAAACCAACAGCUCAUUGAUGCUGGAACGAAGCAAAUGGAUGAAACUGAUCAGGUCAUUGAGCGCUCGAAAAAGGUUGUUGAGCAAACUUUGGAAGUGGGAACACAGACUGCUGUCACCUUAAAGGGCCAAACCGAGCAAAUGGGGAGAAUCGUGAAUGAGCUUGAUACGAUCCAGUUUUCUAUUAAAAAGGCUUCCCAACUUGUGAAGGAAAUUGGCAGACAGGUGGCAACAGAUAAAUGUAUUAUGCUUUUCCUAUUACUUAUCGUCUGUGGCGUGAUAGCAAUUAUUGUGGUGAAGAUUGUGCACCCCAACAACAAGAACAUCAGGGACAUUCCUGGACUAGCACCACCUGCGCCGACAAGAAGGUUGUUAUCUAUCAGGGAUUUCGGAGAUGCGCAGUAGAUUCCUUGUAUCCGAGGGUAAAAGUUGCUGCAAAUCCCGUCACGGUGAAAGUAAUCUGGCAAAGCUGUUUGUGGGCAUGUAUAUGGUUUUUUUCUUCUAUAAUUACUAUUCUUGCCUGACAUGCGUUUUCUUGUCUGUGAUUCUAUUUGUAUGUGUAAAUCAUUUGUGAGGCCUCCUUUCCCUCUUCCGCUUCUUUUCUCUUUGCAGAGUUUGUAUGGCAUGGUUUUUUUUCGCUUAUGUUGUCGAGACCAUUGUAGACGGCAGAACUACACCAUCAUUGCCAUGUACAUGUAUUCGGCUAAAUGCCCUUUUGAGGAUGUAAUGCAUGCCUGUUUUGAAA